AUGCUUGUUCCUGAGCAGGAAGCCUUGAGGUUGAUCACGACAGGGGAGCAGAAAUUCAAUGCGAACGCCUAUGAAAACAUGUCACUUGACACGAUACGUGUGGCUGGAGAGACUCCUGCUUUUUGUAUACCAUCUUUGACAACUCAUGGCUUUAGGUUCAAAAUUCUCAUCAUACGCUAG